AUGAUUUGUAUUGAUUUACAGUUUGAUAAGAAGUGUUUUCAGUUUAGUGUUGUAUGGCCUCUAGUUGUUGUAGUGUCUUUCAGUUGGUUGCUGUAUGUAUGUAUGCUUCUUUUUUGUUUUUUUGGCCUUGAGGUUCGAGUUGAAGCAAAAACGAAAUCCAACAAGAACCACCCAAUACACAGCUUCGGCGGAUUGAUGAACAACUCAUCCUGGAGCAGAUGGACCCAUCUCAUCAUCAACAGCAACACAAGCAGAACAACCACCAGCAGACUACUAUCAACCAACAACAACAACAACAACAAACCACUACAGCUACUCAUCCAACAUGCACUCCUCCAUCGACAUCUCGACCCAAUCCAAUUCCAGAGAUCAAGCUCAGGCCAAGCGCAACUCGAUAACCUGCUGCUCGGCUCACUCAUCCUCAACGACCACAGACGAGCAAACUACUACCUCAACCGAAUCGAAGCCAGCCACUCAACCCAUCAGAACGACCAGUUCUAUCCCAACCUAUUCAAGGUAUGCGGUCUCAUCGGAAGAGGCAUGGGAAUGAUGAGAAGAGUCGUCAAAGCACAACUAUCAGCCUCACACUCAAACCAACGACCACUCAGGCCUGCUCAGAUCAAGAUCAUCGAAGCCUACAUCGAGAACCUGAUCAGAUGGACUCAGAUCGAACGCGCCUGGUCACUACUUGCAAGCUUCGACUUUGGGCCUUCCAUCGACCUCUCACUCCAGGCCGAACUGAUUGGCGGCCGAUUCUCGAAACGGGUCAAGCGGAUCAAGAAACCACCAGACAGCAACAAGCCUCUCUGGAAACCGAACUCGAGCGCUUACUCCAGUCUGCUAUCCAUCUAUCUCAUCCUCGAUCGACCAGACCUGGCUCUCAAGUUGAACUCAAACAUCGACCUCAGCAAGAUCGACCCAUGCAUGGCCUUGCUGGUCUGUGCAAGGGCUAGUACUAGUAGUCACCACCAAGAAGAGCAUCCACUCCACAUUGAUUCCAUCACUCCCCCCGGUCCCAUCACCACGACAGUCCUCGCGAAAUAUAUCUAUCGAAAGAGAGGUCCCAUCGGAUUCAUCAGAUGGCUCGAGCAACAGACCAAGAUCGACUCAUCAAACCGGAUACUCCUCUCGGCCUGGUUAGAUAUCCUACUCCUGCCAAGUGAGCCGGCACUCGAACCGGUCGAACUUGCCGAAUGGAUCGAGCGCAUCGAUCAACACGAUCUACUCGGCGAGCGAGAACUUGAACGAUACCUCAGAUAUACCAGAGAAUGGUUGGAAAGUCAAGCCAACUCAAAAAUCCGACUCAAUCUCAGCCAGCGUCGAUGGUCACUAGAUAAUCCUAAUCGACAUCCUUCAAUCGAUCGGCCAAUUUCCAUAGAUCCUGAUGACCCCCGUCUGGGAUAUCCUCAGCUCAUCAAUCUGUUCAAGAAAGUAUACCAUCAAAAACUCCCAUCAUCAUCAUCAUCCUCAAGAACAACAACAAGCGAGAAUAACGAGUUCAUAAAACCGUCGACGGUCGUCGUAUCGGAAAUGGUUAGGAUCUUAAGCUUGAUCGGAACCCCGCCCGGAAAACUGACCGAAUUGCUCGACCGGGAGGUCCAGGAGAACCAGAGCCAGAUCAGAUCGACUCAUAUGAUCGGAUUGAUUUGGAGUAAGAUCGUCAAUCACGACUUGAACGGCUUGAACACUUUGAUCGAUAAAGAGAUGAAGCUCAAGUACAAGUUGGUCUUGACCGGCCUGCUGACCACGAUCAUCCUUGCCGGAUUGAUCGCCACUCGUGCGCCCAAACCGAUGAUCAUCAGGAUCUCUCAAAAGCUAAUCGAGCAAUGUCCGACCACCUCCCCAUCAAACCAACAGAACCCUCAAAACUACUACAAACUCAAUCAACACACAGAUCUGGAGAGCGUCGAAAGCUAUCUUAACCUCAUCAAGGCUGCUGAAGCGGUGGGUGACUUGAUUCUGAUCAAAGAAUUGCACGAGUCUCUGGUCGCCAAAUUCGGGCGCGAGAAGUUCUUCGGGACAGAUCGGCCGGUCUCGAUCGACUAUCUUCAUCUGAUCUUCCAGGCUUAUAUGAAGCUCAACGAACCACUGUUAGCUCAAACCGAGGUCUCACUUUGGUUUGAGUCACUUCAAGAACACUAUCUCGCCUCAAUCCCGCUCGCCGAUCCUCCGCCCAGUCUUCCCUCGUCUACUACUACUACUACUACUACUGAUCGAGAAGAGUCGAAACGGUUCCUGAGCAGUGGGGUACUGCAAGACUUUCUGGACUCCCAGCCGGGGAGUAAGCUGAUCGAGAGUGAUGAUCUGAGAGGGGACGGGGCAGAUGAGCGGCAGAAAUAUGGCAAGUUCCUCGAGAGCCUGACGCGUUCCUCGAUGUUGAUUGCCAAGAAGCUCGACAGUCUCGGCCGACUGCGACGCCUGUUCGCCCGGACUGAUGCUCUCGGUCUAAGGAAGGGCGAGGAGGAGUGGGAGGCCGCUCGAUUGGCGGAGAUCCAAGCCCGGCUGCUCAAGUUCCGACGGGCCCAAGAACUCAAUCUGGAGCUCAUCAUCCGCUUCCAAUCCUUCCUCCCCUGCGCGCUUCCUUCUCCCUCCUCCUCUGCUCCUACUACCCCCGAGUCACCCAUUCAGAGCUGUAAUGUCGACGGACUCGAUGAUCAGCUCGAACCUCUGGAGGAGAAAAAAAUCAUCCCUCGGCCCGAUCCCUCAUCAUCGUCGUGA